AUUUGAUAUGAUAUUCCUUAUGAUAAUAAUUCUAUCAUAUGUCUAAAAUGGAUUUUUCCCUCUGCUUAGUGUUUAGCCCCAAUUGAUAUUUGAUACGUUACAUGUAAUUAUUACUAAUAAAUAUAAAUGUGUGUAAAAUGGAUAGUAAAUCCACCAAUCCAAAUAAAUCAUUGCAACUUGCAAGUACAUUUAUUGAAAACGUUACUUAUUAUUGGAAAUGAUGACCAAUGGGGGUGGCUAGAAUCCAGGGCAACGCUUUGCUGGCAGUUGCAUCUUUUUUGUCUCAUUAAAUUUCUAUUUCGCGACUCUGGUUGACUCGCUCACUCAUUCCAAUUCUCUCUCUGCUGUGCUUCUAUACAUACAUAUACAUACAAUAUAUAUAUAUAUAUAUAUAACAUCUUCUUCUUCUCUUUCACUUCUUCUUGUCACUAGCAGAAAAAUGUCGAGGGCUGGAUCAAUCAGAAAACUAGAAGGAAAAGUAGCUCUAAUCACCGGCGCAGCGAGCGGCAUCGGAAAAGAAACGGCAAUCAAAUUCAUCAACAACGGCGCCAAAGUAAUCCUCGCCGAUAUCCAAAAAGAUAACGGCAGCCAAACGGCCCGCGAUCUCGGCCCUAACGCCGCCUUCAUCCCCUGUGACGUCACCAACGAAUCCGAAAUCUCCGCCGCCGUCGACUUCGCCGUCUCCACCCACGGCCACCUCGACAUCAUGUACAACAACGCCGGCAUCCCCUGCCAAACGCCUCCUUCAAUAGUCGACCUAGAUUUGUCCACCUUCGAUCGAAUCAUGGCCGUCAAUCUCCGCGGCACCGUCGCCGGGAUCAAGCACGCCGCCCGCGUCAUGAUCCCCCGGCGGAGGGGAGUUAUCCUCUGCACCGCGAGCGUCACCGGCAUCGUGGGGGGGUUAUCGCAGCACACAUACUCUGUCUCGAAGAGCGCCGUGAUUGGGGCCGUGAGAUCCGCUUCGUCGGAGAUGUGCAGGCACGGGAUCAGGAUCAAUUGCGUAUCUCCGAUGGCGAUUCCGACGCCGUUUGCGAUCGACGAGCUGAAAAAGUACUACCCCGGAGUGGAUCCGGUGAGGCUGGUGGAGAUGGUGGACGGUUUGAGCACGCUCGACGGAGCUGUUUGUGAGCCGGCCGAUGUUGCAAACGCCGCCGUUUUUCUGGCGUCGGAUGAAGCCAAGUUUAUCACCGGCCAUAAUCUGGUGGUGGAUGGGGGUUUCACAUCCAUCCGGAGUUUGAACCUUCCCGCACCGGAUCAGCUCUCAUAAACAAAUAUCAGUUUUUUUUUUUAAUAUUUUAUUAUUAUUAAUUGAUGAUGAAAAGUAGACCAAUGGGAGCCUCCCAAUUAUGACUUUAGAUUGAAUGAUUAAUUAAGGCCCUAAUCACAAUUAAGCUUCCAAAUUCGGUUACUAAUUUAA